GCUAUUCUGUUGCCUUGCCAACGUACCCCUGGGCCUCUGUGACAUGACCGGCCAAGUUACAGGAACAGUGCUGCUGGAGGUAAGGGGUGACGUGGCACGUCUACAGGGUGCUCAGGGAUCCACAGUCGGGACUCAGUGGCGUGCGGUGCAUUCGACAUGUUCGUGAGAUCCCGCCCGUAGGGAUUCCCAUAGAAACUCAUAGGGAAAAGCGACUGCCACGUGUCGUGUACUGAGCUGCCAUUCCGCUAUCAAAUUCGGCGCGCUGGUCACGGAUGGCUACAGUGGGGACACGUGUCCUGUGCGACCAAAGCUGCAGGUUUUCGACGUUGUCAUUGCACGUUGAAAGCCUCCGAAAUGUGGAGAGGCACAGAUCGCGCGCGUCCUCUACCCGGUGCCACGUGACAGGACCACAGCGACUGCGGCUAGUCGCUGUCCGACCUCUCUUAGCCAUUUCGCGUCUCCCGUCUCGUGGUUUGAUCCUUGCUGACUCAGCAGGCCGCAAAGUCGCACAGGUGCUGACGUGGACUGGAGGGGAUGGAGAAGUUCGGAAAUUGCCGGGAAGGGGGGAAGGGGGGGGAUGGUUCAGCCGUCGUGCUGCGGCAUCGUGGUUUUGGCGGGAACGUCACCAGCGGCUGGCGCGACGGAAAGCUUUCCGGGAUCGUGUUCAGUUGGCGCGGGGAUCGGAAUUUUUGGCGGGAACGCCGCUGGCACAAGAAUUCCGCGGUCGUCCAGUGGCACCGCGCCGCGCGAAAGGAGAGAAUUUGGCGGGAACCUCUCCGGCGCAGCUGUCGAAGGCGCCAUUUUGCCUCAGCGUUGUGGCGCGCUGUGGGCCGCUCUCCUCCUCCACGUCAGCCACCAAUCACGGCAGGCUAUCGGGAUCUGCAACCACCGGUCAAUCCUCCACGUGUCAGAUCACAAGAUCCAGACGGACCGCGGCUGACGGUCCUGGUGGUCCCGGCCCAGCUGUGACCCUUAGGGACGUCAGGGGUUAUCCUAACUAUGGCAAAACAUGGGGAGGAGGAGGAAGGGGAGGAGGACGAAAUCACACGGCUAUGGUGGUCCCCCCUGCAGCUGGAUUGAUUCCAUUCGUCGAUUUCUGGCAGCCCAACAUCGACUCCCAAAGCAUUGCCCCUCAGUUGUUUGCCGUCUCUUUAUUUCCUUACUUAGGAUUUCUGUAUCACCUUACACGCUCCAAAUCAGCUCCAAGAACGACGCUAUUUGGAUUCUACUUCCUACUCGCAUUCGUCGGCGCAACCAUACCUGCUGGGAUCUAUG